AUGGGUUGUAAGCGUUGGAGAGCUAAGCCAUUCAAACUAUCCAUAAUGCCAAACCUUCCAGAAACACGAGUGAAGCGGUCAAGAACUUCCAAGAAAGUUGGAUUAGACUAUAUGGGUCCCCUUCCAAUCAAAUCUGAUGGUGGAAUAAUUAAAACAUGGAUAGCUCUUUUCACAUGGUGGAGUGUAUACGAACGACUUAUCGGACUUAGUAAGAAGGCUCUAAGAAGAGCAAUUGGGAGGAAAUUUUUAAAGGAGCGAGAAUUAAUAACUUUGAUAGCAGAAAUAAGAAUACUUGACACGCAUCCAUUAACAUAUGUAGGAUCCGAUAACUAUAGAACUAUUCGCCCAAUUGAUUUUAUAUUACCUUAUGAGGAAGAAUAUACUCUUUAUAUAGAGUGUACUCAAAAGGAAUUGACUUCCUCUAGAGCUGUAGAAAAACGAACUCCAUAUGAGAACGAAGUAGUUUUGUUGAAUGAACCUGAAACACUUCGUGAGAGUUUGGAAAAUCAAUCAAUACCAAUAGUAAAGGAACCAGAGGAAGAGCCGGUAGCUCUAAGAACAAGUGCGACAAUACAGAAAUCGAAUUCAAACUUUACCUCUCAAUAA